AUGCCUUGGGAGUCUUUCAAAACUCGUUUUAACAAGCAUUAUUGUCCAAUUGAUCUACAAAAACGAUUGGAGAAGGAGUUUCUUGAUCUUAAUCAAGGAAAGAUGUCAGUGGUGGACUACGAGACCGAGUUCAAUCAUAAAGCACAGUUUGCCACACGUUUCUUGACUACAGAACAGGAACGUGUAGACCACUUUAUAGACGGAUUGCGAUCUGAGAUUCGAGAUGUCAUCGCCAAUCGUGAUAUUUCAGAGUUUGAGAAAGCGGUGGAAUCGGCACGACGGCACGAACACGAUUUGACCCGCUCGGAUCGUAAUCCAGCUCCGCCAGCCAAGCGACCUCAGACUGAAGCCUUUACUUCAAAUGCUCCUCCACCCUGUUCUGUUUGCGGUAAGGCUCAUCGGGGCCGAUGCAACACUGUUCGCCCUGAAGUUAGAUGUCAUGGUUGUGGCGAAGUUGGACACGUGAAACCAAACUGCCCGAGGAGGGAUAUGACAUGCUACUCAAGUGGUGCUAUAGGCCAUCGUCAAAGAGAAUGCCCUCGAUCUAAACCUGAGAAAAGUAAGGCUUUUGUUCGCCGACCUUCUACUAGUGGUGUUGCUCAUCAAAAGGAGGUACCGCGCGUCCAGGCCAGAGCUUUUCAAAUCACUGCUGAGGAAGCUCGAGAUAAACCGGAUGUGGUUAUGGGUAUAUUUCUCGUUAAUUCUCAUCCCGCUCGUAUCUUAUUUGAUUCUAGUGCUACUAAUUCAUUCGUUUCUCAUACGUUUGCUCGAUGUUUAAACUUUGUGCCAUAUGUGCUUGCUAAAUCUUUUUACGUUGACACUGCUGAUGGCACAUCUAUGCUAGCUGAUAAAGUUUACAAAGAUUGUGUUGCAACGCCGAUUGCUAGGACGCCAUAUCGUCUGGCUCCGGCUGAAAUGAAAGAAAUGAAGAAUCAACUCGUUCAUGGAUAUGAUGAAUCGUGUGUGCCGGCCAAUGUUGUGCUCGUGUUUAUAGACGAUAUUCUUGUAUAUUCCAAAUCUGAAGCGGAUCACGUCAUACGAUUUCUUGUGACGGUGCGUCGGUUGACCCGUCCAAAGUUGAAGUUGAAGAGUUGGGAGCAACCUAAGAAUGCAUCUGAGAUUCGUAGUUUUCUUGGACUCAUGGGUUAUUAUAGACGAUUCAUACGAGAUUUCUCUAAAAUUUCUGUGCCUUUAACUUCGUUGACCCAGAAAGAUGUCAAGUUCGAAUGGGGUGAAGUUCAAGAGAAUGCUUUUCUGGUGUUAAAGCUUUGUUUGUCAAAUGCUCCUGUUCUAGCUUUACUAGAAGGUAGUGACGACCUGGUAGUUUACAGCGAUGCUUCUAAACUGGGUCUCGGUUGUGUUCUUAUGCAGCGAGGCAAUGUUAAAGCUGAACACCAAAAACCUUAUGGUAGACUUCAACCUCUCGAUAUACCGGUGUGGAAAUGGGAGGAACUUACAAUGGAUUUCGUUACAAAGCUACCGAAGACGUCUUGUCUGCACAACAGCAUCUGGGUUGUCGUGAAACGUUUAACCAAAAGUGCUCACUUACUGCCUGUUCGAGAGUCGUAG